AUGCACUUUAAAGCUGCGCUAUUCACCCAUCUCCCUGCCAUUCACCCAUCUCCCUGCCAUUCACCCAUCUCCCUGCCAUUCACCCAUCUCCCUGCCAUUCACCCAUCUCCCUGCCAUUCACCCAUCUCCCUGCCAUUCACCCAUCUCCCUGCCAUUCACCCAUCUCCCUGCCAUUCACCCAUCCCCCUGCCAUUCACCCACCACCCUCCCAUUCACCCAUCUCCCUCCCAUUCACCCAUCUCCCUGCCAUUCACCCAUCUCCCUGCCAUUCACCCAUCUCCCUCCCAUUCACCCAUCUCCCUGCCAUUCACCCAUCUCCCUGCCAUUCACCCAUCUCCCUGCCAUUCACCCAUCUCCCUGCCAUUCACCCAUCUCCCUCCCAUUCACCCAUCUCCCUCCCAUUCACCCAUCUCCCUGCCAUUCACCCAUCUCCCUCCCAUUCACCCAUCUCCUUGCCAUUCACCCAUCUCCCUCCCAUUCACCCAUCUCCCUCCCAUUCAUCCAUCUCCCUCCCAUUCACCCAUCGCCCUCCCAUUCGCCCAUUUCCCUCCCAUCCACCCAUCUCCCUGCCAUUCACCCAUCUCCCUCCCAUUCGCCCAUCUCCCUGCCAUUCACCCAUCUCCCUCCCAUUCACCCAUCUCCCUCCCAUUCACUCAUCUCCCCGCCAUUCACCCAUCUCCCUCCCAUUCGCCCAUUUCCCUCCCAUCCACCCAUCUCCCUCCCAUUCAUCCAUCUCCCUCCCAUUCAACCAUCUCCCUCCCAUUCACCCAUCUCCCUCCCAUUCGCCCAUUUCCCUCCCAUCCACCCAUCUCCCUCCCAUUCACCCAUCUCCCUCCCAUUCACCCAUCUCCCUCCCAUUCGCCCAUCUCCCUCCCAUUCGCCCAUCUCCCUCCCAUUCACCCAUCUCCCUCCCAUUCGCCCAACUCCCUCCCAUUCGCCCAUCUCCCUCCCAUUCGCUCAUCUCCCUCCCAUUCACCCAUCUCCCUGCCAUUCACCCAUCUCCCUGCCAUUCACCCAUCUCCCUCCCAUUCGCCCAUCUCCCCCCCAUUCACCCAUCUCCAUCCCAUUCAUCCAUCUCCCUGCCAUUCACCCAUCUCCCUGCCAUUCACCCAUCUCCCUCCCAUUCACCCAUCUCCCUCCCAUUCACCCAUCUCCCUCCCAUUCACCCAUCACCCUCCCAUUCACCGAUCUCCCUCCCAUUCACCCAUCUCCCUCCAUUCACCCACCACCCUCCCAUUCACCCAUCUCUCUCCCAUUCACCCAUCUCCCUGCCAUUCACCCAUCUCCCUCCCAUUCACCCAUGUCCCUGCCAUUCACCCAUCUCCCUCCCAUUCACCCAUCUCCCUCCCAUUCGCCCAUUUCCCUCCCAUCCACCCAUCUCCCUGCCAUUCACCCAUCUCCCUGGCAUUCACCCAUCUCCCCGCCAUUCACCCAUCUCCCUGCCAUUCACCCAUCUCCCUCCCAUUCACCCAUCUCCCUGCCAUUCACCCAUCUCCCUGCCAUUCACCCAUCUCCCUCCCAUUCACCCAUCUUCCUCCCAUUCACUCAUCUCCCCGCCAUUCACCCAUAUCUCCCUCCCAUUCGCCCAUUUCCCUUCCAUCCACCCAUCUCCCUCCCAUUCACCCAUCUCCCUCCCAUUCAUCCAUCUCCCUCCCAUUCGCCCAUCUCCCUCCCAUUCGCCCAUUUCCCUCCCAUUCGCCCAUCUCCCUCCCAUUCGCCCAUCUCCCUCCCAUUCGCCCAUCUCCCUCCCAUUCGCCCAUCUCCCUCCCAUUCACCCAUCUCCCUCCCAUUCACCCAUCUCCCUCCCAUUCGCCCAUCUCCCUCCCAUUCACCCAUCUCCCUCCCAUUCACCCAUCUCCCUCCCAUUCACCCAUCUCCCUCCCAUUCGCCCAUCUCCCUCCCAUUCGCCCAUCUCCCUCCCAUUCGCCCAUCUCCCUCCCAUUCGCCCAUCUCCCCCCCAUUCAUCCAUCUCCCUCCCAUUCGCCCAUCUCCCCCCCAUUCACCCAUCUCCCUCCCAUUCAUCCAUCUCCCUCCCAUUCGCCCAUCUCCCCCCCAUUCACCCAUCUCCCUCCCAUUCAUCCAUCUCCCUCCCAUUCACCCAUCUCCCUGCCAUUCACCCAUCUCCCUGCCAUUCACCCAUCUCCCUCCCAUUCACCCAUCUCCCUCCCAUUCACCCAUCUCCCUCCCAUUCACCCAUCUCCCUCCCAUUCACCCAUCUCCCUGCCAUUCACCCAUCUCCCUCCCAUUCACCCAUCUCCCUCCCAUUCACCCAUCUCCCUCCCAUUCACCCAUCUCCCUCCCAUUCACCCAUCUCCCUCCCAUCCACCCAUCUCCCUGCCAUCUCCCUGCCAUUCACCCAUCUCCCUCCCAUUCGCCCAUCUCCCUCCCAUUCGCCCAUCUCCAUCCCAUUCGCCCAUCUCCCCCCCAUUCACCCAACUCCCUCCCAUUCAUCCAUCUCCCUCCCAUUCACCCAUCUCCCUCCCAUUCACCCAUCUCCCUCCCAUUCACCCAUCUCCCUCCCAUUCACCCAUCUCCCUGCCAUUCACCCAUCUCCCUCCCAUUCACCCAUCUCCCUGCCAUUCACCCAUCUCCCUGCCAUUCACCCCGUGCCGCCUGAACGAGGGACCACUUCUGCCCGCACCACACUGCCGCCCGCAUUGA